GUGUAGUUUAUUUUGAAAGAAUCGGCCGGAACCACGCGUGUUUCACUCUCACAAACUUGACGCUUGGCGGGCACCGAGAGGGUGGAAAAAAAAAAGCCAAGGAGGAAAAAAAAAGGAAUAUCCGAGGGGUAAGAGAAGCGAAUUUGGAUAAACUUUCCCAACUGUCCCGACCUGAGGAAGCUCCAAGAGGGGGGGAGGGAGCGGACGGCCAGUGGACUUAAUCGAAAUAAUGGACGAAUCCCAUUUCAACUCGUCAUACUUUUGGUCUCCCGUCCCCACUGUACAAGGACAGAUCGAGAGCGCCAUGUUCCUGAACAAAACCAAGGAGCAGCUCGGCGCCGAGAAGCCCGGCGCUCCGGCGUUCCCGCACUCGGCGGCGUCUUCCUCGGCUCCGCACUACCCCACGGCGGUGCUCGCCAUCCCCGGAUCGGUGGAGUCGGGGGCCGGGCUGCGGGUGGUCACCAAACAGGAGGGCAGCGGCUCGGCGGCGUCGGCUGGAGGAGGAGGCGGCGCGCACGUGCACCAGUCGCACACUUCGCAGAACGUCACUGUCGUGCCUGUCCCCUCGUCAGGAAUCAUGACCGCAGCGGGCUUGGUGAUCACCACCCCACAGGGCACGCUGGUACCCACUGCGUCCACGCAGUCUUUCGUGGCCGGACCGCACUCCGCCACCACCAUGAUCGUGUCUGCGGUGCACCCCUCGAACGCAGACAAGAAGGGCGACAUGGCGGGGCCCCCCGCCAUCGUCAUGUCGACGCCGGGCAAGCGCGGCAGGAAGAGCAAGCAGUCGAUGAACAGAGCGAGCGGCAUCCUCCCCCCGGGAAGUGACGCGUUAAUACUGGCGCACCUUGCCGCCACCGGGCAGGUCUGGCUCCUUAUUUUCAUUGUAGCGAACCCGGCGCAAAAUCUGAUGCUUUGGUUGCAUCCCCAGCAUCACUCUGCCGAUCCCUACGACCUGUCCAACGACGAGGACGACCACUCCAGUAAAGAGGGUCCCAAAUCCUACAGGUGUCGCAUGUGCGCGGUGACGUUCUUCAGCAAGUCGGACAUGCAGAUCCACGCCAAGUCGCACACUGAGGCCAAGCCUCACAAGUGUCCCCACUGCUCCAAGUCCUUCGCCAACUCCAGCUACCUGUCGCAGCACAUCCGCAUCCACAGCGGCGCCAAGCCCUACAGCUGCACCUACUGCCAGAAAGCCUUCAGGCAGCUCAGCCACCUGCAGCAGCACACACGCAACCACACUGAGGCCAAGCCCCACAAGUGUCCCCACUGCUCCAAGUCCUUUGCCAACUCCAGCUACCUGUCGCAGCACAUCCGCAUCCACAGCGGGGCCAAGCCCUACAGCUGCACCUACUGCCAGAAAACCUUCAGGCAGCUCAGCCACCUGCAGCAGCACACACGGAUUCACACCGGCGACCGGCCGUACAAGUGCAACCACCCUGGCUGCGAGAAAGCCUUCACUCAGCUCUCCAAUCUGCAGUCUCACCGCCGGCAGCACAACAAGGACAAGCCGUUCAAGUGCCACAACUGCAACCGCGGGUACACGGACGCCGCCAGCCUGGAGGUGCACCUGUCCACGCACACCGUCAAACACGCCAAGCUGUUCUCCUGCGGCCUCUGCAACCGCUCCUACACCUCGGAAACGUACCUGAUGAAACACAUGAGGAAGCACAAUCCCGACGCGGCGGCCGAGCAGGCGCAGGGCCACGGCUCGGGCGGGCGGGGGCGCGGACGCGGCAGGGGCCGGGGCAGGGGGGCCCACCACCAAAGCCAGGCGAACCCCAACGCCGGCGGCCAGAACCCCAACGCCGGACCCCCCGGCGGCUACCCGCAGCCCGGCGAGGGCGUCAUCCCCUGUCCCUUCGACCUCCACCAGUACAAGACGGUGGCGGCCGGCGAGAUCCAGUACAAACCCGGAAGCGUGGCAGACCACAAAGACCUCUGCCUCACCGUGUCCACGUCCGCCAUCCAGGUGGAGCACAUGAACUCGUAGGACGCAAGAUUCAGCCCGUUGUACAAAGUCUUUCAAACGUAGUCCGGACAAAUUCGACAAACGGGGACUGGCUUUUCUAGGUGGACUUUGGCGUGGCUUUCAAAGGGAUUUAUCAGGUCUAAAGACGCGCAGGAGGAGGAAGCUUUAAUGGAGGACGCGGCCCGAGCAGUCCCAAUUCGCUCGCCGAGGGCCUCGUUCCCGCCUAAACGGGAAGCGGCGCCUUCCUCUGACGUCACCUCCGGUCCGGAAUUGCGGUUUAUCCGCGUUGACCCGAAGGAACAGCUGGCUCGCCCGUACAGAAGCUACCCUACGAGGCGGGCCGGAAUUCACGACUGACUCUUUUUAAAUUAAUUUAUUGAUCCAAAAUCUCCUCAAACAAAGGUGCGUGCGUGCGUGUGUGUGUGUGUGUGUGUGUGUGUACACCGUCAACUGUUAAUCGCAGGGGGGAUAAAUUCCCAAACCCAGCACGUGAUCGCUGAAAAUCUCAGUUCCACGUCCUUGAUUUAGCCCCACCCGACAAAAAAAGUAUAUAUCUCGUGAAAUAAUCUCAAUUUAUAAAUACAUUUUCUGAGAGUGAAAAGUGGGGCUGUAUAAUCGAACACAAAGUUAAUAAUUUCUAGUGUAAACAGCGACAGGUGGACGCGCAAGUUUUUCGUACCUUCCGACAUCUAAUCGAAAAUUUUUUUGUUCUGCUCGUCACAGAGAAAUAUAUUUGUAAUAACUCAUUAAUAGACAAUAAUUGGAUAAUUUGUUGUGGCAUUUUUUUUUUUUAACGCCGCCCAUUGAUAUAUUAUUUGGGGGUACUUUCACCCCUCCCUCGUGCUUAUAACAUAUUUGGACUCCCAUAUCAUGUCACCAAACCACAACAUUUCAUCAAAUGAAAGUCAGCUGACGUAGCGAUGCGAAAACGCCAUAGACGGGCCAACGCGAGCGAGCAUAGGUGGCACCCUGUUGAAAAGAAAAAUAGUGGCGUAAGGUUUUUUUUUCUUCUUGAAAUUACUAUUUUUUUAAUCACAAUUGCGUGCGUGUAAAAUUUGGAAACGGCGCGUGCGACGACAGCCGGAUGGUUCGCCCCCCCUCCCCCCAAAUUAUCUGAGCAAGUUUAUUUUGGUUUAUUGGCGGUUGCCUGUCGCGUGAAUCGGCGUCAAAGACGUUGCAUGUAACAAUUCCAGGCGCACGAGCGUACCGCAACGGCGCUAAGUAGGGUAGCGUCUGUCGUCCUCGCGGCCGAACGGAGGAGAAUUCCGGUUCUGGCCGCUCAAAUUGACCCCCGCGGGACAUUUGCCGAAUGCACUAAAGCGCAGAUGGGGGGCGGUGGGAGUGGGGGGGGGGGGCUCCCGAACUAAGCACUUGAUGAAGCUUUGUACUUCACCUUCUGCGUUUGGCGGCUGUACUUUUUUUAAUACGUCUGUAUUUUUCUACCAAGCGGAGGAAGGUGAACGAGCGCGAAUGUGGGUGGGGGGGGAGCAGUGUUGCCGUCGUUUAUUAUUAUUUUUUUGUUUGUUUUGUUUUUGUUACUAACACAAGCGUUUGCGACACUGCGUCGUGACAUUUUGGCAGCCAGUUGUUGGAGGAAUAAUGAUUGUAUGACAAACAUGGCUGACUGGUACUGUUAAUAUGGUUCAUUUUUAUUAUUAUUUUUUUUUUAUAAGGCUUUUUCCAUGCAUAUUCUAACUUCUUCCAGUAAAACUGUAUUGCAAAUGUUAUCCGCACUAUUAUCCUACUAAAGGCAUUAUUAUAUGGCAGUAUGCUGUACAUAACGUUUUCUGUAAAAGGGAAGCAUGUCCUGUGAAUUAUUAUUUUUUUUUUAAUGAUUACCCCAUACCCCCACUUCCCCACCCCCAAAAAAUGAAAAAAAUUGUAUUAGUGAUAUUCACUCAAAUUAUAUUUGGCUUGUAACCACCACCAAGAUCGAUAGUAUUGGGCAAUGUGAAACAUAAGUAAAUAAUUAAAAAUCUAUUUUUGUUUGCCUCCACUCACUUGCCGUCACCGGAUUUGCCCCCCCCCCCCACCACCGUGUAGCUUUCGCCUUCGUAGGGAAAAAAAAUGAAAAAUACAUUUACAAUUCAUGUCAUGUGUAAUGCUAACACGUUGAGCUGUGUGCUACUUACGCUACGCUAAAGCAUCCUGUAUCCUCCACACCUGAUUUAGACUUCAUGAGAAUAAAGUUGGCAAGCAAGAUUU